CGGCGAUUGACGACACAAAGACGGACAUGGACCGCGACCAUUUCAAGUUUGGCGAUGAAGGUGCUGGCGGGUGUCGCGUUGGUGGCUGCGUCCGUGAGUGCGUACCAUCCUCAUAAGGGUAGUUGCAUCACGCAUGAGAUCGGCGCGAUCCAGGCGGGUACGUACAUGCCCAACAACCACGUCCUCACGGCGUGGGGCAUCGUCGGCGCGCCCGGGCACAUCUACGCCCGGUGCGACAAUGGUGUGCUGACAUGCCACGAAGACAACGGAAUUGCCGACGCGAUGGAGAUGCCGACAGUGAACUGCCACAAGGCGAACGCGAACCGCAAGUUGGGCGUGAUGAUCGACCCGGAGAAGAUUCGACUAUGGCCCAACCACACGUUGUGCUACCAGUACGACUCGAAGUUUACACCGGACAAGAAGAAGUUGAUGCAAGAUGGGUGGGAACACCUCAAGCUCACUGGGCUGACAUUCCUCUCAGUCCAGCAGUGCAAAGCCCACCCGAACAAAGCCAACCUGUGCGGCAACUGCAAAAACUAUAUUUCGAUCAAGAAUGACAAGCCUGGGUGCUUCGCUGCAGUCGGCUACCAAGCGAAGGGCGGGCAAAACUUCAACGUGCAGGACGAGUGCUUCGCCCCUGGCUACGGCCGCUUCGUCCACGAGGUAUUCCACAGCCUAGGCGUAUACCACGAGCACGUGCACCCGCGUCGCAACAUCAUCAUCCUUCCGUCCGAGCUCAAGGUUGCGCGCAACAACUACAUGAUGAAGGUCGACUCGGUCCACACCAAGUACGACGUUGGCUCUAUCAUGCACUACUCGCAAGCGGCCGGCGUGUGCAUCCCUCAAGCAAAGUACAACGACGUCAAGUUCUGUGACAUUGUGGAGAGCGAAGCCCAGGGGUGCGUGGAGCCGCUCCCCAAGCACUGCGACAAGGAGGCGUCGAGUGUACUCGGCCAGCGCAAGGGAAUGAGCGCGGAAGACGUCGCAACAGUCAAAGCCAUGUAUGGAUGCACCCAGACGGGCAAGGAAGCCACGAUUUGGGAAUUGCAAAACGAGCAGAGGGCUCGAGCUGCUGCAUUGAAAAAGAAGAAAGACGAUGACGAUGAUGAUGAUGACGAUGACGACGAUGACGAUGAUGACGAUGAUGACGAUGACGAUGAUGACGACGAUGAUGAAAACUAA